UAUCAAAAUACGGAUCCAACACUCCUCCAUCCUUUAAGAAGAUCAACGGCAUUAUUAAGUUUAUUGCAUCGCGAAAGUUAUUGUUGUUGGAUGGUCGUUGUUAUUUUUGUAUUCUCCACGACCACGUGGGUAAUAAUUAUGGAAACGGUAACGAGCCAAUUCAUGGCCUCUCUCACAUCAAUUGACGUAAAAGGAAAAUUAAGCGGGAAUCUUGCAGAAGUCUAGGUUGUACAUGCCCGCGGCCUCCCCUCCCUUGAUUAUUAUCUCCUCACGGUUGUUAUUUUUGCUCUCAACCAACUUCUCCGCUUCUCAAAUUUUUGGCGAAAUUAAAAAAAAAAUUUUUUUUGUAUCUCCGCUUUUUCAAUAUUUUUUUUUACAUUAA